AUGGCCCUUGAUCGCGUCUUCUAUGAUGAAGUGGAGAGGGCGGCAUUUUGCAACCGGCUGGCGAAGUUCCGGCUCGACGAGACUCUGUGCGACAUCAAGAUCAAAUGCCAAUUUUUCGAGCUGCCGGCUCACCGCCAUGUCCUUGCCGCGCAAUCGGACUGGUUCCUGAAGGCUAUCACGACUGGCUUUGUUGAGAGUGGCGCGAAACAAAUAGUCCUGCAAGAGGACGAGCCAUCUGUGAUCAAAGCAAUGCUGGACUUCUGCUAUCAUCUCGAGUACUGCGAUACUGGCGAUCAAGUCCUCCCCGCUCUUGCUGAUGGAGGUGGGCCGAUGGCCUUCAAUGUCCACGUCUUUGCAGCGGCCGAGAAAUAUCUCAUCGAGCCGCUUCAGCGCUUUGCACUCAACCGCCUCCGCUAUCAUGCAAACAACAACUUCAAGGCCGACGAUUUUGCCAAAGCUGUCGAACUUGCAUACACAGCCACGUCCGAUGCCAAGAAGCUCCUGCGCCGGAUCAUCAUCGAGAUCUCCUUAGAGGAAGCUGAACGGCUCUUUGCAAAAGACGCACGGCACUCAUCUGAGGCCUUCGACGCUGUGGCAGACCUGGUGCCUUCAUAUGCCGCAGAUCUGAUGCGAGCUGCUCUGCGGACAGGCAGACUUGAGCCAGAACGUGUUUAG